AUGCCGGCUCCCACGGUCGAUGGUGACGAAGGUGCAAGACCCGCGGUGCACGUCGUCCAUCAACUCCAUCUCCAAGCAUUGUCACAGAAGACCAUCUCGACGGAUGUUGGUAGUGCUUUGCCAGAUGGAUUCUACCACUUGCCGGCCAUCUACCAGCUGGAAAGGCGUGCCAUCUUCUCGAAGCGAUGGGUCCUGGUCUCGCACAAAGCUCGAUACCGCAAUAUCGGCGACUACGUGCAAUAUGAAAUGGCCGGCUUCAACUUUGUCGUCGUCAAGGACAAAGACGGCGACAUUGUGGGAUUCCAUAACAUCUGCAGACAUCGUGCAUUCCCCCUCGUGCACGAAACCAGUGGCACCGCAAAGAUCUUUGCGUGCAAAUACCACGGAUGGACGUAUGGACUGAGCGGCAAAUUGACCAAAGCUCCGCGUUUCACACCAGAGUCGGUGCCUGACUUCGACCCUGCGGACAUUCGCCUCUUUCCCGUUCACACCCACGUUGACAGGAACGGGUUCGUCUACGUCAACUUGGAUGCCCGCCCGACACCUGAGAUCCAGUGGGAGGAGCAAUUUGGUGAUCUCGAUCGUCAGGGAGUCCUGCAGGGUUCCGGCGUUGACUGGGACGCGGUCGAAUAUGAUUUCACGUGGGUCAAAGAAGGAAAGUUCAACUGGAAGAUCAUGCAAGACAAUUACAACGAGUGCUACCAUUGCCUCACGGCACAUCCAGAUGUUGCCCGCACCACCGCCCUUGACACCUACUACGUUUCACCGGCCACACCGCACCAGUACAUCGCGCACUUCAGCGAGCCCAAGGCGUCCAUCCUCGCCACAUCGGCGUUCGACACGACACGGUUUGCGGGCCGGUCAGCCACCCACGUGUGGCCGGGCGGCCACUUCAGCCCGAACCCAGGCACGGGGUUCAUGCAUCUGAUGCGUAGCUUCCCGACGUCGCCGACUACCACGCGGCAGGAAUACGACGUGUACAAGCUGAACACGCCGCACGCCACUCCCGAGGCACAUGAGCGGAUGAUCCGAUUCUACCAGAAAGUCGUGGACGAGGACUUUGGCCUGUGCGAGAAGGUGCAGAAAAACCUCGAGCGAGGCGUCUUUGCCAGGGGACCCUUGCACCCCUUCCACGAAGAAGGCGUGCUAGCGUUCCAGAGCAUGGUGCUCAAGGUACUCAAGGACCAGAUCCAGCUGGAGGAGGCCGCGGGCAGGGAGGUCUGGGCUGCGAGGCCUGCCGCACGGGUAGCUGGAAAGAGGGAGGCGAAUUCUGACGGUCCAGCCGCCAACGGGGACGGCGGCGAGGACGAAUCGGAUGGUCAGAGCAUCUGCGCGAAGAUGCUGGGUUGCGACACGACGAGGCUGAAAGGCCUGGAAUGGUAG